UGUGCAGAAUUGAUAUCUGUCAAAUGGCAAUUUGUCAAAAGUACAUAAUUUUAUUUUGUAAAUAAUAUCAUUGAAAUAUAAUUUCGAUGCACAGUUUUGUCAAAUAAUAAUAAAAAUACGGACAAUGGCUUAUUUUAAGCGUUGGCGAUAUGCAGCGUUUAUUAGUGGAUUUGUUGGUUUGUUAGGACUGACUUUGUACCCUAUCGCUAUAAGCCCAAUGAUAGACCCUUCGGAAUACAAAAAAAUUCAAAAGGAAACCAGAAAGAAUAUUAGGCAAGAGGAUAUCCAACCAGGAAAUAUGAAAGUCUGGUCAGAUCCAUUUGACCGUAAAAAGCCUCAAAAUGAAUGAAAUACAUAAGAUUAUUUAUUAGUUAAUGUAAAAAUAAUGUUACUUAGUUGUUUGUAAAAUAAAGAAUUUCAUAAGAA